AUGUCGUCGUCGGCGGGUGCUGGGGCGGCGGCGGCGGCGGGCGAGGAGGAGGCGGGCGGGGAGCACGGGCCCUUCCCGAUCGAGCAGCUCCAGGCAUCUGGUAUAGCUGCACUUGAUGUGAAAAAGCUUAAAGAUGCUGGUCUCUGCACGGUGGAGUCUGUAGUCUACUCUCCAAGGAAAGACCUUUUGCAAAUUAAAGGGAUUAGUGAAGCCAAAGUCGAUAAGAUAAUUGAAGCAGCUUCGAAGUUGGUUCCACUGGGAUUUACAAGUGCCAGCCAACUUCAUGCACAGAGGCUUGAGAUAAUCCAAGUUACAACUGGAUCAAGAGAGCUUGAUAAAAUAUUGGAGGGUGGAAUAGAAACAGGAUCCAUUACAGAGAUAUAUGGUGAAUUUCGCUCAGGGAAGACUCAGCUGUGUCAUACUCUCUGUGUUACAUGUCAGCUCCCAUUGGACCAAGGUGGUGGUGAAGGAAAAGCUUUGUAUAUUGAUGCAGAGGGCACAUUCAGGCCGCAAAGACUCCUCCAGAUAGCAGACAGGUUUGGGUUGAAUGGUGCUGACGUACUGGAGAAUGUAGCUUACGCAAGAGCAUAUAAUACUGAUCACCAAUCAAGACUUUUGCUGGAAGCAGCUUCCAUGAUGGUGGAGACAAGGUUUGCUCUCAUGAUUGUAGAUAGUGCCACAGCCCUAUACAGAACAGAUUUCUCUGGUAGAGGGGAGCUAUCAGCAAGGCAAAUGCAUCUGGCUAAGUUUCUUAGGAGCCUUCAGAAGUUAGCGGACGAGUUUGGCGUGGCAGUGGUGAUCACUAACCAAGUUGUGGCCCAAGUGGAUGGUGCUGCAAUGUUUGCUGGUCCACAGAUCAAACCUAUUGGCGGGAACAUCAUGGCUCAUGCUUCCACAACAAGGCUCUUUCUUCGCAAGGGGAGGGCGGAGGAACGAAUCUGUAAAGUAAUAAGCUCCCCCUGUCUGGCUGAAGCUGAGGCGAGGUUUCAGAUAUCACCUGAGGGCGUCACAGAUGUUAAGGACUGAAAGUCUGAAAACGCUGUUGGCUUGCAGGAUGCAGCCUGUGUUGCCCACAAUGUUCAGUGCUCAGAUAUCCAUCAACAAUCUGCUGUUUGCAUCCAAAGUGGCGAAGGAUUGGAUUGGAUGGAAAUAACCAUGAUUUCGUCAUUGUAAUCUGCCAUUUCUGGUCGGUAUUUCAGGACGGAAAAGGUUGUAGCUGUACAGCAAGCUGCCACAGUUUGGCUGUUCCCAGCUUGUUAUUCACUGUGGAUGUUAAUGAGCCAGAACUUGGGUUCACAGUAGUGUAGAUAGUUUUAUUUAGCUCGUUCUUGCUAUCUUAUUGUAUGUAAACAUAUUUUAACCCAUGCUGGCAUGUUCUAACUCCACAUUGUAAAUUGAUAGGAAAAGAAUUUUUAGGCCACAGUAUACCAAAAACCUUUGUUCUAUUUAUCAGAGAGGUUAGUUCUAAGAAUAUUGUACCGAGGAAUUCGA